AGCAGCCACUUCACGCGCCAUCUUCUAGUUAGCAACCGGACAGAUUAAAACAUUGCGUUAAACCACCGUGCUAAGCUAUUUCUGUGAUAAUACUUUGGUUGUUAUUAGCUGUACUGAAACAUGAGUGACAUUGAGGAUGGAAACUAUGAAGGACGGGGGUCACGCUCCCCAUCUAAAUCGGAUCGCGGGAGUCCAGCUCGGGUCAAGUCGGAGAGCAGGUCCGGCUCCCCGAGCCCAUCCCGAGCCUCCAAACGCUCUGAGUCUCGAUCCCACUCUCGGUCAAAAUCAAGGUCUCGUUCAAGGCGGCACUCAAACCGGCGCGGUAGCCGCUCACGUUCUCGGUCCUAUUCCCACCGAAGGAAGUCCCGCUCUCGUUCUUACAGUCCUGAAUACCGGCGCAGGAAGAGCCAGAGCACCUCCCCAAUGUCCAACCGCCGCCGUCACACUGGCAGUAGGAGCAAUGACUUCACAAAAGAAGCAUGCAAUGAUGCUGAUGUAAGGGCGAACCCUGACCCCAGCACGUGUUUGGGGGUGUUUGGUUUGAGCCUGUACACCACAGAGCGUGACCUGAGGGAGGUGUUUUCACGCUAUGGUCCACUUGCCGGGGUCAAUGUGGUGUACGACCAGCGCACAGGUCGCUCCCGGGGCUUUGCCUUCGUUUACUUUGAGAGAAUUGAGGAUUCCAAAGAGGCAAUGGAGCGAGCCAACGGCAUGGAGCUGGACGGGAGGCGCAUCAGAGUGGAUUAUUCCAUUACCAAACGUCCCCAUACCCCCACACCAGGAAUCUACAUGGGCCGACCAACUCACAAUGGUGGUGGCGGCGGCGGCGGCGGCGGCGGUGGUGGCAGCAGCAGUGGUGGUGGCGGUGGUGGUGGCGGCGGCGGCAGCAGGAGGGGGAGAGACUCCUAUUAUGACCGUGGCUAUGACCGUUACGACAGAUAUGACGAGUAUGACUAUAGGUAUAGUCGCAAACGCUCUCCAUCACCCUACUACAGUCGAUACAGGUCUCGCUCACGGUCUCGCUCCUACAGCCCACGGCGAUACUAAGUUGCUUUUUACAACAUUGAGCUUCCCUCCAAUAAUUGAUGGUGUGUGAUUCAUCAAGGUGUGUCAGAGGGGAUAUUUUGAAUUAGCAUGUGUAUAUCAACAGAACUCUUAAGUUUGAGGUAGUUCUUGUUUACACGCAAUAGAUGUCUUAAUUUUUAGGCGUUUUCGCGCAUCCAUGUCUGGUGUGAGCAAAGAACUCAACAACUGUUGGUUACUGUUGCGUCAUUAUUCAACUUGCAUCCUUCCUUCCUUCUUCAUUUUCUGUAGCAGUGAUUCCUUUUUUUCUGUCAAAUGACGGUGAAUGAGCUGUGUUACUUUGGUCUCUAUUAUGAGGGUUUUUGUCAUAAUGGGGAAGGUUAACUGGGUUUUAGCUGAUAAUGGUGUCAUUUUUACUACAUGUAUUAAGAAAUAACUCAAACAAUAAAGUUUGUAUAUGUA